AUGAGUUCCAAGGAAGGCUCUAUUGAGCCCAAAACCGUAAACCCCUCGGAGGGCAUCAUCGGCAAUGACAACUCUGGAAAUUCCGACGGGCUUCAUCGCCGCCUCGACAACCGCCAGAUCCAGCUCAUCGCCAUCGGUGGAACCAUCGGUACCGGUGUCUUCGUCGGCAUCGGCGCCGGCCUCGCCAAAGGCGGACCCGGCAGUCUCCUCGUGUGCACGGCUCUCUACGGCUGCGUCAUGGCCCUCGUCAACAAUUGCAUCGCCGAAAUGAACACCUUCAUGCCUGUCUCCGGAGGCUUCAUCCGUCUCGCUGGAGCAUGGGUCGACGACGCCCUGGGGUUCAUGGUCGGCUGGAACUACUUCUUCUACGAGGCUCUGCUCAUCCCGUUUGAGAUCGUGGCCCUCAAUCUCGUGCUGUCUUUCUGGAAUGAAAAAGUGACCGAGCCUGGCCCAACGGCCGGUGUGUGCCUUGGUGUCAUCAUUACAUAUGGUAUACUAAAUGUGCUUGCUGUUGGUGUCUUUGGUGAAGCCGAAUUUUGGCUGUCUGCCGGCAAAGUGCUACUGUUCUUCAUUCUCUUCGGCUUCACAUUUGUGACUAUGGUCGGUGGCAACCCCCAGGGCGAUGCCUACGGCUUCCGACACUUCCAUGGUGCUGAAAAUGCAUUCGCGUCCUUCCGGUCCGAGGGCAAUGCCGGCCGCAUGGAGGGUUUCAUGGGAUGUCUUGCCUCCGCUGCCUUCUUCGUUGUCGGUCCCGACUACAUCUCCAUGGUCGCUGCCGAGGCGAAGCACCCCAGCAUCUACAUCAAGACGGCUUUCAAGACCGUCUACAUCCGCUUCGGUAUCUUCUUCAUCGGCGCUGCCCUGUCCUGUGGCAUUGUCUUGUCCCACACCGAUGAGGCUCUCGUCCGCAUCAACAUUGACGGCGUCGGUGGCGGUACUGCUGCUGCUUCUCCCUGGGUCAUGGCCAUGGAGAACAUGGGAAUCUCCGUUUUGCCUCACGUCGUGAAUGCCUUGCUGUUCACCACAAUCUACUCCGCCGGAAACACCUACACCUACUGUGCCACCCGCUCCCUGUACAGUCUUGCCCUCGAGGGUCGUGCGCCCGCCUUCUUCCGCAAGUGCACCAGCAACGGCGUGCCGAUCUAUUGCUUCUGCUUUGUCAUGCUAUUCCCCUUCCUCUCCUUCCUCUCGGUGGACAGCGGGUCCGCGAAGGCUCUUAACAUCCUUCUCGCCCUCAUCACCGGCGGCGGAGUCGUCGACUACGUCGUCAUGUGCAUCACCUUCAUCUUCUACUACCGUGCCUGCGUCGCCCAGGGCGUUGACCGCAAGAAGCUGCCCUACUACGGGUACUUCCAGCCCUACGGUGCCUGGAUCGCCCUUGUCCUUCUGGUCAUCGUGCUUUACUGCUACGGAUACACCGCCUUCGCUCCAUGGGACACGGUGACCUUCUUCUCCAACUACACGAUGCAGCUCAUCGCGCCCUUGCUCUACCUAGGCUGGAAGCUGUUCAAGAACACCCACAUCAUCGAGCCCCACGAGGCGGAUCUGGUCUGGGACCGUCCUCUGAUCGAUGCCUAUGAGGCUAGGAUGAUGAUUGAGGAGCCUCCUACGACUUUUGGGCAGGAGAUGAUGACUCUCUUUGGCCUCAACAAGGUUAAGAAGUUGGUGUCAAAAGCAUAA